CCAACUCGGUCUCGUCGGGGUGAGUGUGUACCGGCAAGGCGUGGCCAAUUAAAAAGUCGAGUUUGAAGGGAGGGACCCGCGUGCUGCUGCUGAGUGUUGAGGCGAGCAAAGCGGGUGUAAACCGGCAUAGAGAGGAUAGCUAGUGUAACGGUGGGAACCGAGGGCUUCACGGGGUGGACAGGGGAGGACAACCGGGGGAGGACACAUAGUAGUACGCGCCACAACCGGGGCAUGUACCUGCUGGUUUUUCCUUGAGUUCCUUAUAUCCACAUCGGAUGGUGAAUGAAACCGAUCCGCGUCCAGAACAGACACACUGACAAAUAUGGAAAGUCAAGGCAGCCGCUGUAAGAUCGUGGUGGUCGGAGAUACGCAAUGUGGUAAAACGGCGCUCCUACAUGUUUUUGCGAAGGACUGUUAUCCCGAGAACUAUGUCCCCACCGUUUUUGAAAACUACACGGCCAGUUUUGAAAUCGACAAACAGAGGAUUGAGUUGAACAUGUGGGACACGUCAGGUUCCUCGUAUUAUGACAACGUGCGGCCGUUGGCCUAUCCUGACUCAGACGCCGUGCUCGUCUGCUUUGACAUCAGUCGCCCAGAGACCCUGGACAGUGUCCUGAAGAAGUGGCAGGGGGAGACCCAGGAGUUCUGUCCCAAUGCCAAGGUGGUUCUGGUGGGUUGUAAGCUGGACAUGAGGACAGACGUGGGCACCCUGAGAGAGCUGUCCAAGCAACGCCUCAUCCCCAUCACACACGAACAGGGUAGUGGGUUGGCCCGUCAGAUAGGUGCGGUAGCCUACGUGGAGUGCACCUCCAAGGUGUCGGAGAACAGCGUACGGGACGUGUUCCACAUCACCACGCUGGCGUCUGUGCGGCGGCCACACAAGCCUCAGCUGAAACGCAGCAGCUCCCGCCGGGGCCUCAAACGGGUGUCCCAGCUGCCCCUGCCCCCCCUGCCUGGUCGGACUGAUACCCUGGAUCCUGCCCCUGCCAUGCAGAAGGACCGGGCCAAGAGCUGUGUGCUCAUGUAGAGAUCCACCAAGACAAAUCUAUAUAUAUAUACAGUACAGUAUGAUACACAGAAAUAUAUGACAGACAGAGGAACUCUAUUUAUUGAUUUUGUUUUGUUCAAUUUUAUUUAAUAAAAAAAAAAAAUCCUCUAUUAUUCUCGUUUUGCACUGCUGAGGAUCAAGGACAAAAAAAGAAAAAAAUAUGCUUUUGUGUGUGUUUGCGAAUCGUUUUGGAGCUGUUUACAUUAUUAUUAUUAUUUUUUGACUGAUGGACGGUGAAGUGGACUGGUUUCCUCGAGGCAAAGUCUCAGGGUGGAGAGAGGAGAGGAGGGGAAUAGGAAGUUCUGCAUGGUCCUGGGGCAGGGUUUGUGGAGUGCACUGACUGGGGGGGAUCAAUCCUUCACACAAGGACGGCACAACAGCCAUCUUUACUGGACGGCUGGAGGAGAAGACUUUCAUUCUGUGGAGAAGGUAGUGGAGGAGUUGGAUCAGGAAGAUGGAACAAGAAACGUCUCACUGGACAAUGGACAUGGUUGCUUUUGCUAUGCUAUAUUGUGAUGAUACUUCCUGUUGCCAUGUGUGAAUAGAAACGUGUAAGAACAAAAAUGCUGAAAAGGGACUCUUAUUGAGCGGGUAAAUGAUGGGAGUAGGUCAAACAGACAGAACUACAGAAGUCAGUUGGACGUUGCUUUUGUAACCAGAGUUAACAUGAAGAAUGUGCAGAGUUUUCCUCAGAUUAUUCGAACCACAAGUGCUUUCUAGAAAAAAGUCACUUUACAUAUCUGUUUUUGUAAUAAUUUAACACUAUUCUAUGCGUCAACUCCGAUCGUGUCAAUUUGAUUCAACGAAACUAUUGCUGUUGUCGUUAUGUUAAGAUGUUACUUUGUGGGAAAUUUAGCGGUAAAAUGUUAGGGCUAUUUUACUGUAUUUUCACAUACUCUAAUAGUCUCAAAUAAAGCAACAGCUUGGCUGUAGGGAGAAGAGACUUCCUCUCUGA